CUCAGCAAUCUCUAUAUAAAUCCUGAAAUCCCUCCCGAAUCGUCUCACUCGGAGCACUUCGCACCGCCGAUAUUCUCCAAUUCAAGCCCUCGCAGUGAACCGCGAGCUUCCGGCGGAUCGACGAUGGCUGGCGACUUGGAAGGCUUCAACUUCGAGCAGAGGCACGGCAAAGACAGGGUGCGGGUGGCCAGGGUCUGGAGGACCAGCGACGGCCGCAAUUUCAUGGUCGAGUGGAACGUCAGCAUCAGUCUCUUCUCCGAUUGCAUCGACGCGUACGCCCGCGACGACAACUCCAGCAUCGUCGCCACCGAUACCAUGAAGAACACGGUGUACGUGAAAGCAAAGGAAUGUUCGGAGCAACUCUCGGCGGAGCAUUUUGCAAUUUUGCUUGCCAAGCAUUUCACGUCGUUCUAUAAACAGGUAACAGCUGCUGUAGUCAAAAUUGUGGAGAAGCCUUGGGAACGACUAUAUGUGGAUGGACAACCUCAUGAACAUGGAUUUAAACUUGGAUCAGAGAAGCAUACAACAGAAGUAACUGUGAAAAAGUCUGGUGCUCUAAAACUGACUUCGGGGGUAGCAGGAUUGUCAGUCCUGAAAACAACCAUGUCAGGUUUUGAAGGUUUCUUCAGGGAUAAGUACACAGCUCUUCCUGAAACUCAAGAAAGAAUGCUUGCCACUGAAGUGACUGCAUCUUGGGGGUACUCUUAUGAUACUCUCUCCAGCAUCCCCUGUGAUCUUCUUUAUUUUCAAGAGAGAUAUAAGGAUGUGAAAAAGGUUUUGAUGAAUACUUUCUUUGGCCCACCAAAAGAGGGAGUUUACAGUGCAUCUGUGCAAAGCACUCUCUAUCAAAUGGCAAGGGCAGUUCUCGCCGGAUUUCCUGACAUAUCAGCAGUGCAAUUAAACAUGCCAAAUCUCCAUUUCUUACCAGUUAACAUAUCAACCAAGGAUAAUCCAUCAAUGGUGAAGUUCAAUGACGAUGUAUAUUUACCAACUGAUGAGCCACAUGGAUCAAUUCAAGCAAGCUUGAGCAGAUUCUGGUCAAGAAUGUAGAGAUAACUCUUCACCAUCGGUAAUCUGAUUCGAGGUCCCAGUCCAAUCAGCUUUGUAUCUUGUCUGCUUGUACAUUUUCAAAUAAAAUUGCAGGACCUCCAAUUUCCUUAAUUUCGUUGACAGUUGAAUCUCUUUUGUAAAAAUAAUAGCUGAUGUGCAUCACCAUCUACUCUGGCAAUGAGAAUACAGUACAUGGUGUUGCAUGGGCAGAUGCAUCAUCUCAUCUCAACAAUAUGAUGGAUCCAAUUCACAUGGUUCAAUCUCAUCGUGGUACUUUUAAUGGUUA